ACCCGAACAAGAGUUUCGUCCAAGUUUCAACCGAUUCAACUCAUUCGUCAAUGGCCUGCAAAAUGUUGAACCUAAAUCCAAUUUUUCUUAUUUUGCUUUUGACGCUUUUGAGUUCCAGUCAUGGAAGUGCCAUCGAAUCUCCUCUUUGUGGAGGACGAGUUUUUGUCGAGAAUACGGUCGUGAUUGAAGCUCCAGUUCACGAAAAUUGUCACUGGGACAUUCAAACGCAAGACGAUCGUAUCCUCGUCAUCACCGCGCUCGACGGAAACCUCAAAGAAGCUCAGGAUUUUCUAGCUAUUCACGACGGACCCGGUAAAGAUUCGCCCAUUCUACUCGUAGAGAAUCAAAAGAUGCACGCGGUUUCAAGAAAAGACAUGCCAGAGGCCGUGUACACGACACAGUCGACGGCGAGCAUCCGAUUCAAAAAGGCGCCAACUUCAAAUUUAAAGCUCAAAAUUCAAAAGGCAGUCGAUUGCCCCUUUAAUCUUGGAACGGCGAGCCAAUGCGGACGAGUCAUCGACGACGUUUCGUGCUACUGCGCUAGUUUCACCGAAAGAAGUCAAACGGACCAGAGGGUAUAUUGCUACAAUCACAAUAUGGAGUUGCUGUCGCUAGAAACGUUCGAGAAAGAGCAAGCCAUUCACGCCGCCUGGGGCUAUUGGGCCCGUUUUUGGACUUCUCUGACCGAUGCGAUAGACGAAGGGACUUGGUAUUGGGAAAGCACCGACACGGCUUUGCUUCCUGGCUACUCGCAUUGGUGUUACAGGCAGCCCGACGACGCUGGACUCUUCGGCGGUGAAGACUGCAUGAUAAUCAAUUACGAAUCGGAUGGAUGCUGGAACGACGCCGACUGCGACAAUGACAAGUACGACGCUAUCUGCCAAGCCCUUCCUUAGCUCUAUGGAUAUUUUUACCCCCCCACCCCCCACCGGUUCUGUUACAAUAUUAUAGACUAGAGAAUGAGUAAGUAAAAUAGAAAUUGUGCAAGAAAAAGAAAAGACGAUCAAUUGAGGAUAUUUUUCUGUAUCUAAGUCUUUAACCAAAAGCAAACAUUAGAUUCUAAUUUUCUAAAGUUCAAAUUUUGUCCUUUGGCUCCGCCUAUGCCAUUGCACCUUAUCGAAUUAAAACGCCUAACACAUUGUCUUGGCGAUAUUUAAAAACCGAGAAUGUUGAUAGAAAAACAAAAAAUCAGAAAGAAAAAAAACAAACAAACAAAACAAACGUAAAUACACAACAGGUAAGAAAUAA